AAAAGAAUGACUCUAUUUUAAUAGAGUAGAUUUGAAUAUCCAGAGUGAGAUUACAUUUGUGGAUCGCACCAUCCCUUUAGAAAUUAGCCAAUACCUCUCCAUAUAUUGACAUAUAUCCAAGAUUAAAAAUUAAAAACAUUAUUACAAAGUAUAUUCAUGGAAAAAAUUAUACUAGAACUUCGAUGAAGUUUUCUAUAUGAUUUCUCCAUUGCACUUGCAGAUCGUGACUCAUUGACAAAACAAGGAAACCAACUCGCAUCUCAACCCUUCACUAGCUGUAUCAGCCACUUCAAAUAAACAACUCUUUCAGUAGAUAUGCACGACAUGCGUCGGAAGUUGGAAAAAAUAAAAAUAAAAAGAGGUUGCAUUAGCCUAUUAGGUAUGUAGUUCCCUAUCACUUAAAACUUCGGGUGAGACUGGUAAUUUUGAAAAACUGAAUAACUAUUUAAGUAAUUUACGGAAUCUAUUAGUAGUCGUCACUCGUCACUGUAACUUAACCACUAACUCACGUGAGAGAGAGAGAAAAACAAACCGAACCGAACCAAAUCAAUGAACCGUCUCUUCACCAAACCCCUCUACACUUCCACCGCCGCCUCAAUCCCAAAACCACCACCACCAGAUCCCGCCGCCGCCAUAUCCAACUUCAUCCUCUCCUCCCCCACACCAACCCUCCCCUCAACAACCACCCCAUGGACCCCACACCUCGUGGACUCAAUCCUCAAACGCCUCUGGAACCACGGCCCAAAGGCUCUCCACUUCUUCCACCUCCUCGACAACCACCACCGCUCCUACACCCACUCCCCUUCCUCCUUCAACCUCGCCAUCGACAUCGCCGCCCGUCUCCACCUCCACACCACCGUCUUCUCCCUACUCCGCCGCAUGCGCUCCCUCCGCAUCGGUCCCUCCCCCAAAACCUUCGCGAUCGUCGCCGAACGGUUCGCCUCCUCCGGAAAACCGGACAAAGCCGUGAACCUCUUCCUCAACAUGCACGAGCACGGUUGCCACCAAGAUCUCGCUUCCUUCAACACGAUCCUCGAUAUCCUCUGUAAAUCCAAACGCGUAGAGAAGGCUUAUGAGUUAUUUAGGGUUUUUAAAAAUAGGUUUGGUGCUGACGUGGACGUGGUUAGUUACAACGUGAUUUUAAACGGUUGGUGUUUGAUUAAACGGACUCCAAAGGCGUUGGAGGUUUUAAAAGAGAUGGUUGAGAGAGGGGUAAAACCUAACCUCACCACUUACAAUACAAUGCUCAAAGGGUUUUUUAGAGCGGGGCAGGUUAGGCAAGGGUGGGAGUUUUUCUUGGAGAUGAAGAAACGUGUGGGAGUUGUUGAUGUUGUGACGUAUACAACUGUUGUUCACGGUUUCGGUGUUGCUGGGGAGGUUAAGAGAGCUAGGAAUGUGUUUGAUGAGAUGAUUAGAGAAGGUGUGUUGCCUUCUGUGGCUACUCACAAUGCUUUGAUUCAGGUUUUGUGUAAGGAAGGUAGCGUGGAGGAAGGGGUUUUGGUGUUUGAGGAGAUGUUGAGGAAAGGUUAUGAGCCGAAUGUGACGACUUAUAAUGUGUUGGUUAGAGGGUUGUUUCACGCUGGGGAGUUUGGUAGAGGUGAGGAGUUGGUGAGGAGGAUGGAGAAGGAAGGGGGGUGUGAGGCGAAUUUUCAGACGUAUAAUAUGAUGAUGAGGUAUUAUUUGGAGUGUUGUGAGGUUGAGAAGGCGUUGGGGUUGUUUGAGAAGAUGGGGAGUGGGGGUUGUUUGCCGAAUUUGGAUACUUAUAAUGUAUUGAUUAGUGGGAUGUUUGUGAGGAAAAGGUCUGAGGAUAUGGUUGUGGCGGGUAAAUUGUUGGUUGAGAUGGUGGAGAGAGGGUUUGUGCCGAGGAAGUUUAUUUUUAAUCGAGUUUUGAAUGGGCUUCUUUUGACUGGGAAUCAAGGUUUUGCAAAGGAGAUUUUGAGGGCGCAGAGUAAAUCUGGUAGCCGGCUUACCAAGAAAUUCAGGCUAUGA